UUUGGCAGCUCUGGCCAUGGAGCAGAAAGGCUAUCGACGGGGGAGUUUCCAGAGCAGCACUAGCGACGAGGACAUGCUGGAAAUCGCCGGAGCAUCUCUGGACUUCUCCGUGGCGGACGACGACCCGCCGCUCGACAGGGAGAUGGGAGGAUUUUCCUCGUAUAAUGGAGGAGGGAUGAACGGCACCAGCACUGUUAUGGAUUUCCUGGAGGAACCUCUUCCUGGUGUGGGGACCUACGAAGAUUUUAACACUAUCGACUGGGUGCGAGAGAAGUCCAGGGACCGGGACAGGCACAGAGAGAUCACCAGCAGAAGCAAGGAGUCCACGUGGGCGCUGAUACACAGCGUGAGCGACGCCUUCUCCGGCUGGCUGCUGAUGCUGCUCCUUGGGCUGCUGGCAGGUUCCUUGGCGGGUCUGAUUGACAUUUCUGCCCACUGGAUGACGGAUCUGAAGGAAGGAGUGUGCUUGGCGGGCUUCUGGUUUAACCACGAGCACUGCUGCUGGAAGUCCAGCACAACCUUCACCGACAGAGACAAGUGUCCCGAGUGGAAGAGCUGGUCCCAGCUGAUCCUUGGCCACGGAGAGGGGGCUUUCGCGUAUAUUCUCAACUACUUCAUGUACGUUAUCUGGGCCUUGUUGUUCUCCCUGCUGGCUGUGUUACUCGUGAAGGGGUUUGCUCCUUACGCCUGCGGCUCCGGGAUCCCAGAGAUCAAAACUAUCUUAAGUGGUUUCAUCAUUAGAGGCUACCUGGGCAAGUGGACGCUGAUCAUCAAAACCAUCACCUUAGUGCUGGCAGUGUCCUCUGGGCUGAGCCUGGGCAAAGAGGGGCCCCUGGUCCACGUCGCCUGCUGCUGUGGAAACAUCUUGUGUCACCUCUUCACCAAGUACAGGAAGAACGAGGCGAAGCGCAGAGAGGUACGGGGAGACACCGAUGCGGCCGAACUGCUGAGGUUUUAUAAGCGGGUGCGUUUCGGUGCCCCGAUCGGAGGAGUGCUCUUUAGUCUGGAAGAGGUCAGUUACUACUUUCCUCUCAAGACGCUGUGGAGGUCCUUCUUCGCCGCGCUGGUCGCCGCGUUCACCCUGCGCUCCAUCAACCCGUUCGGGAACAGUCGCCUGGUUCUCUUCUACGUGGAAUUUCACAUGCCGUGGCACCUGCUGGAGCUUGUGCCGUUCAUCCUCCUGGGAAUAUUCGGUGGGCUUUGGGGAGCUUUCUUCAUUCGCAGCAACAUUGCCUGGUGCAGGCGACGCAAGACGACCAAGCUUGGUAAAUACCCGGUGCUGGAGGUGUUUGUGGUGACUGCCAUCACGGCCGUUCUGGCCUUCCCCAACGAGUACACCAGAAUGAGCACCAGCGAGCUCAUUUCUGAGCUCUUCAACGACUGUGGGAUUUUGGACUCUUCCAAGCUCUGCGAGUACGUGAAUGAUUUCAACAGCACCAAAGGGGAUGACCUGCCAGACCGAGCCGCUGGCCCUGGGGUUUACACUGCCAUGUGGCAGCUGGCGUUGGCCCUGAUAAUGAAAGUCUUCAUCACGAUCUUCACCUUUGGCAUGAAGGUCCCGUCGGGGCUCUUCAUCCCCAGCAUGGCGGUGGGAGCGAUCGCCGGCAGGCUGCUGGGAGUGGCCGUGGAGCAGCUGGCCUUCUACCACCACGACUGGGCCAUCUGAAUCGCAGGUUGGAAAAGACCUCUAAGAUCAUCAGCGACCCUGGGAGCAGCUCUCCUGCUGCCAGCCCCCAGGCUGCCUGCUCACGGCCUCUGUCUUCUGCUUGCAGGUGGGGUGACCCGAAUGACGGUGUCACUGGUGGUCAUUAUGUUUGAGCUGACCGGUGGACUGGAGUACAUUGUUCCUCUGAUGGCAGCAGCCAUGACCAGCAAGUGGGUGGCGGACGCCAUUGGGCGGGAAGGCAUUUACGAUGCCCACAUUCGCCUCAACGGGUACCCUUUCCUGGAAGCCAAGGAGGAGUUCUCACACAAGACGCUUGCGAUGGACGUAAUGAGGCCACGGAGGAACGAUUCUCCGCUGACUGUCAUCACUCAGGACAGCAUGACCGUAGAAGACGUUGAGACCAUCAUCAACGAAACCACCUACAGUGGCUAUCCGGUGGUGGUGUCGCGGGAGUCCCAGAGGCUCGUCGGAUUUGUCCUCAGGAGAGACCUCAUCAUUUCAAUAGAAAACGCCCGGAAGAAGCAGGAUGGGAUUGUGAGCACUUCAGUUAUUUAUUUCACUGACCACUCUCCUCCGCUGCCUCCGAGCUCCCCCUCGAUGCUGAAACUCAGGAGCAUCCUGGACCUCAGUCCUUUCACAGUGACAGACCAAACGCCCAUGGAGAUCGUCGUGGAUAUAUUCCGCAAGCUGGGAUUGCGCCAGUGCCUGGUUACGCACAACGGGAAGCUGCUGGGGAUCAUUACCAAGAAGGACGUCUUAAAGCACAUUGCGCAGCUGGCCAACCAGGACCCGGACUCCAUCCUCUUCAACUGAGGGCGGGCGAGCAGGUGUGGUGUGUUCCACACACAAGAAACUUUCUAGAAGGUCCUGGAUGUACUUUCCUAUUUUUAUGAAGACCGUGGAACUGUUUUCAGCGUUUCCUUCCAUGGAGCUGAAGAAGAUAAAUUUUUUUUCUACCAGAUAACCAAUUGCACUACAUAAUCUGUGGAACACAAUCUUCUUUUUAGAAGAGAAAAAAAAAAAAAGACUUUACUUUUCUUUUGUGAAGUUGCAUUGGAAAGAUUCCAUGAAGGAGUAAAAGCAAAAUGCUCUAGAA